CUUAAGGUAUUCAAUAGCAUCUGGUUUUCACUCUGUUCUUUUGAUUGUAGAUCUAUAUGUUUUCUUUCACUUUGUUCUUUUCAUUGUAUAAUCAGGCUCAGCAUGCAGUCAGCACUAAUCAACCACAAAAUUCAUUUAAGAAAUAUGAUUCUUAAUACCAAUCAUUCUUGUGUGGUAUAGCUAUAUAAACUGGAAUGGAUCCAUCUAACAGUAUACUGUUUUGUUUUCAAGGGAUGUAUUUAAUUUUCAGUCUCAGUCUCUAGUAAGUUCAGAAUCUACUGAGUAAUGUAUGCUAUAUAGAUCUAUGCAGAUAUGGUGUGUUUAGCUAUUGAACAAAGAGGGAAAUUAGGCAAGUUUUUUAUCACACAUGCCGUUAUGGUUUAUUUUUGCAGCCAUUCAGUUGACAUCCAGCAGUGGUGAUGGUGCGGUAUGUCCAAAUGACCCUGUUGUCUUCACCUGCUCCGUUAGUGGAACUGUUCUACAAUGGAUAGCUGAUCCUCCACCUGGCUAUAUCGUAUCUGGGUAGGUGACACAACUUUUAUUCUCUAUUUCUGGUACUCUACUGCCUGCUGGAGUUGAAGGAUUCAUGUUUCAAGCUGCUGUAACGAAUACAAGUAAUGGUACUCUUACCUCCACUCUCACUACCAUCACUGAGGUGUCCAUGCUGAAUGGCAGUGUUGUCACAUGUUCCAGCGGUGGAACAAUGGAGUCACGAUCAAUCACAGUGGCCGAGCCUCCAUUGUCUCCAUCAACUCCAAUAUUGGCUUCACAACAUAAUGUAGUCAGUUCCUCUAUUAUCACUCUGGACUGGGACUCCCCCUCUUCUACUGGUGGUGUGUCUGUCACUCAACUAUGUCCUCAUUAUCUCCCCAAACCUUUCUCCGGGUCACCAGUCACCGUGGAGACCACCUCAGCACAGAUAACUGUCUCCUACAACACACUCUACAAUGUGACCAUCAGAGCUGUUAAUUGUGUUGGAAUGAGUGAUGCCUCAAUGUUGGUUACUAUACCGUCCAUAGUUGCCUGUCCCUCUUCCCUCUCUGCUGCUAGUGGGGUGGUAAACAUCCAGAUACCCCGUGUAUACUACUGUGCAUGGGCUCCACACUUACCUUCACUUGUUCUGAAGAUAAUCAGAUGAGAACCUCCAUCUGUGGCAGUGAUGGAAGGUGGAAUCCUGACCCAAAGGAGUUUUUGUGUCCAACAAUGUGAUAUAUUUUUUGAUUGUUCUCUUACAGAACCCCCAGUGACCUGUCCAGUUCACGGAGCUCCCUCUAUGGGUAGUGUGAACACUAGUGGUCAGUCUUAAUUACACAAAGGGGUGACAGGAGGUCACAUAUCAGUGCAAUGAUGAACUGUUCCCCAUAGGUAUUCUGAUUGCCACUUGCGCAAGAGACGAACAAAAUGUAGUGUGGGAGCCUACCCCCAGUACGGUGGUGUGCAGGACAGUUCCAGACCAGUAUUUCAUUGUUGCUGCAAUUCUUGGAUUCCUCACUGGACUCCUAGUGAUGCACCU